GAUUCGUAUUGUUUCGAUUUCAUUCCAAAUAUUCCAAUAGUUUGCAGGAAUAAAUAAUUAAAUAAAUAUUUUACUCAGUAGUGCUGUCGCAAUAUAAUUAGUAGCUGAAUUUUGAGGUAGAUAAUGUACUCGAGCUUAUUCCUUAUUACUGCUGUAUGGUGAAUGAAGUAAACAAAUCGAGAACAUAGCAGACGUCCUGAAAAAGAACAACUCCCACUUUAGUCAAUAUGACUUCGAUUUUGGAUCAGUACGAGCAAGCUUCGCAGGGUUCCCAGCGACCCAAGCCCAUCUCCGAGCCUAUGGUAUCUUCAGGGUACAUAAACAUGCAACUGGAAGAUACUACUCCUAUGUUUUCCAAGAAUAAAAUGAUUCUGAAAAAUCUGUCGGAUUUGAUAACUCACGCUGCUGUUUCGAACGAUUAUCUGGUGCUGGCGAUGGCUAAUGGGAAUCUAUUUCGGCUCAAUUUGAAGAAACCUGACUGUGGGCAAGAAAUCCAAUACUCUAAAUUCGUCCAACCAAACUCCAAACUGACAGGCAUGUUCCUAGAUCCGCUCGGCCACCACCUGCUAAUGUCAUUUACUUCAAAAAAGAAAGAUGGCUACCCUGAGCUGAUAUACUUGCAUCAGAACAGCACUAAGUCUAAACUCGUAAGCAAGUCUAAGAACUAUGAAGUGACGGAAGUUGGUUGGAACUGGGAGAAUACUUCUGAGAUGAAUACGGGACCGAUACUGUUAGGCACGUCGCAGGGACAUAUCAUUGAGACUGAACUGGAGGCUGAUAGUGACAAAAUGUUCACCGCAAGCCAUUUGUAUUGGAGUGAGCUGCCCAAUUAUCUUCCUCUGUAUGGAAACAAGGAAAUUGAUGGUUUGAUCUUUGACAUUGGCAGAGGGGCUGACAUGCCAAUAACUGGAAUCCAGUUCCAUAGAGUGAACAAAACGAGCAAAUACUUCAUUUUCAUCACCACUCCUACUAGACUAUACCAGUUUAUGGGCCAUGCCACCAUGAAGGAUGACAAACCAUCUCUACAGUCAAUUUUCUAUGCAUACUUAACCAUUCCUGAAACGGGAUUCCAGGAGAUCCUAUCUAGUUUGAAGUAUUCAAAGCUUCAAUUCUUUGAUAAGGGUGGAGUGCCCAAAACAUUUGCCUGGUUGACUGAACCUGGAAUAUUUUAUGGACAGUUGGACCCGAGUUCCCAGCAGAAUUCCAACUCGCUGUUCACCCAAGGCACUUUAAUCAGCUACCCAGGGGACGGAGACGAACAAGAAAAUGCUCCCCUCUCCUUCGUACUCACAGAGUUCCAUGUACUUCUCAUGUACUCCGACAGGGUCAAAGUAGUUUCCCUCAUCAGCCAAGAAUUGGUCUUCGAAGAUAAAUACUCCGAAGCCCAUGGGAAACUCAAAAAUAUUGUUAGGGACACCAAAAAGAGGACCAUAUGGGCUAUAACGGACAAAUCGGUGUUCAGAUACAAAGUUAUUCGCGAAGAACGGAAUCUAUGGGUCAUAUAUUCUGACAAGGAACAGUUUGAACUAGCCAAAGAGUAUUGUUAUAACAAUCCGGCCUACAUAGACGUUAUAAACGUCAAACACGCUGAACUUCUAUACAAUAAGGGAGAAUAUGAAAAGAGCGCGGAAAUUUUUGCCGAAACCCAAAAGAGUUUCGAAGCAAUAUGCCUGAAGUUUUUGGAGCUAGAACAAAUAAAUGCUCUGAAGGUUUAUUUGGGAAAAAGAUUGGAAGCCUUAAAAGAUGAUGACAAAACAUUGAUAUCUAUGUUAGUUAUUUGGAUGACGGAACUGUAUUUAUCACAGUUAGGUGUGCUCCGUCGUACAGGAAAGCAGGAUUCUGAAGAAUACCACCAAAUACAGAGUAACUUCGAAGUAUUUUUACUGCAUCCCAAAGUCUCCAAAUGUAUGCAGCACGUCAAAUCUGUGGUUUACGACCUCAUGGCUUCUCACGGCGACAAACAGAACUUAAUCAAACUUACAAUCAUUAACGAGGAUUACGAAAAUGUUGUAGCUCAAUACAUAUAUAAGAAGUCAUAUGCAGAAGCGAUACAGACAUUAAAAACGUUAAAAAGGCCGGAGUUGUUUUACCAAUUCGCUCCGGUCCUCAUGGAAGAAUCGCCGAAGCAUACAGUGCACGCUUUAAUUUCUCAAGGAGCGAGCCUAAGUCCUUCCAAACUAUUGCCAGCCUUUCUAUCUUGUAAGAAUGAUGAAGCUCAUGUUUCGGAAAUAAUACUUUACCUGGAGUUUAUACUGCAGCAUUACAAUGUAAGGGAUAAGGCCAUACAUAAUUAUUUGCUGACUUUGUACGUGGAACAUGAUCAUGAAUCUCUGAUGAUGUACUUGGCAAGGCAAGGACAAGAUGUUACCAUGGUUAACUAUGAUGUUCAUUAUGCUUUGAGAUUAUGCCGCGAGAAGAAUCUAUCAGAAGCUUGCGUCAAGCUAUCAGCCUUACUCGGCUUGUGGGACUCGGCAGUCGAGCUUGCUUUACAAGUGAGCUUGACUCUUGCCAAGAGUAUUGCUGACAUGCCCGACCAGACGGAGUUGAGGAGACAGCUGUGGCUUAAUAUUGCUGAGAGCGUGAUCACGAAAAACCAAGACAUGCAGGAAGCGAUGACCUUCCUGGAAGAGUGCCCGCUCAUCAAAAUCGAAGACAUUCUGCCUUUCUUCACCGAUGUCGUCACUAUUGACCACUUUAGACAACCUAUCUGCGAUUCCUUACAGGAAAAUAACAACCAAAUAGAAGAAAUGAAAAAUGAAAUGGAGGAAGCCAUAGCGGCUGCUGAAUAUGUUCGUUCAGAAAUCCAGUCGUUCCGCAACCGCAGCGUGACGGUGCUGGUAUCGGACGCGUGCUGCCUGUGCGACAUCGCGCUGCUGCUGCGCCCCUUCUACCUGUUCCCGUGCGGACACAAGUUCCACAGCGACUGUCUCAUGCAGGAGACGCUGCCUACGCUCUCACCAGCCCGCAGAAACAAGCUCUCAGACUUACAACGGCAACUCUCUGUGCUCUCCAACAUUGAGCUUUCCACCGUCACCUCCAACGGCCUUCCACUGCGAGAGAUACUGAGGAACGAGAUCGAUGACAUCAUAGCGAGCGAGUGCAUCUUCUGCGGGGAGUAUAUGAUCAGUUGUAUUGAUAAACCGUUUAUUAGUGAUGAAGAUUGGGACAGGGUUAUGAAGGAAUGGGAGUGAGCUUUUAAGUCACUAAAGUAAGGUUCGUAUUAAAUACCAAGAUUUUUACACCUUUCCAACCAAUAAGUAAGUUGUUGUUUGUAGUAGUAUUUCCAUUAACAAACAAAGUUACUGUAUGUUUUUAUGUGGAAGAAUAACGUCUCUAAUUGGUUUGAGUUGAUUUAAAUAAAGACGCCUUCUUAAACUAGGGCUCCUAUUGUUCAAUCAAAUAACGUAAGCGUCCUGUAAUACGGACCUUAAGUUAUUUGGCUUAGAAAGUAUGGAAAUGCUACAGCGAAGGAUAAUAAUUAAGGUAAUAAUUUCGCAAGUUUAUUUUAUUUUGGACAGACUGAUAUAUUGAUUGAGUAAAGUGAGAUCUAUGUAAUGUAAAAGUGUUGUUUCUAUGUGCUUUGCAUUCUGUGAUAAGUUAUUUUUCUAUCAUAGAAUUCCUAUGUAAGACAAAUUGUUAUGUAAGUAAUAUAUUGUGUAUUAAAUAUAGCUAUAGUAUAUUUUGUAUUAUCCAAAAUGUAGUCAAUAAUAAAAACACUUAUAAACGGA